AUGGCUUCCCGUGUCCUUGUCUCUGGUCUUCCCCGGUCUCUCCCUCCUCUCCCCUCCGGGCCAGGACCUUCCUGUGUCCCCUGUGUCGAGGGUCGCCUCCGGGCUACUCCUCACUCCUCCCACUUCCCCCCGACAGAGGCUCCCCUGCAGACGCUUCACAUGGAUGUGUGGGGCCCAGCCCCCGUCCGUGGGCAGGGUCACGAGCGCUACUUCCUGUUGGUGGUUGACGACUACUCGCGUUACACCACAGUCCUCCCCUUGCGCAGCAAGGGUGCGGUCACUGAGGUGCUGAUCGACUGGAUCCGCGAGGCUCGUCUCCAGCUCAGGCAGAGCUUCGGCUCGGACUUUCCUGUUCUGCGUCUGCACUCGGACAGAGGCGGAGAGUUCUCCUCUCGCCUUCUGCGAGACUACUGUCGGGCACGGGGGAUCCGCCAGACCUUCAUGCUUCCGGACUCUCCACAGCAAAAUGGGAUUGCUGAGCGCCGCAUCGGCAUGGUCAUGGAUGUCGCUCGUACGUCCAUGAUGCAUGCGGCUGCCCCCCAUUUUCUGUGGCCGUUCGCGGUGAGGUACGCGGCGCAUCAGCUCAACCUUCACCCCCGGGUCUCUAGGCCUGCGAUGUCCCCAGCCUUGCUGUGGACAGGGAAGGUUGGCGAUGCGUCUGCGUUCCGUGUCUGGGGAUCUCGGGCGUUUGUCCGCGACUUGUCUGCGGACAAGCUGUCCCCUCGUGCUGCUCCCUGUGUCUUCCUUGGCUUCCCCACUGACGCCCCAGGGUGGCAGUUUUACCACCCCUCCUCUCGUCGUGUUCUGUCCUCCCAGGACGUCACGUUCGACGAGUCAGUCCCCUUCUACCGUGUGUCCCAGGUAGACGCCGUUGACCCUGUCGAGGUUACUGGUGACUCUGGUGCUGCUGCGGGUGCUGAGCCUGGGGGUGCUGCCUCUGGGGGUGCUGUGCGCGAGGGAGCUGAGCCUGAGGGUGCUGGGCCUGGGGGUGCUACUGCGGAGAGUGCGGAGCCUGGGGGUGCUGAGCCGGGGGGUGCUGUGCCUGGAGGUGCUGGGUCUGGGAGUGCUGAGCUGGGAGCUGCUGAGCCUGGGGGUACUGCGUCUGGAGCUGCGGAGCCUGGGGGUGCUGCGUCUGGAGCUGUUGAGCCUGGGGUCUCUCCUGCUGCGCCUCGCCGGGAGCCCCUCUCUCCACAGGAGCUGCGCGAGUGGUUCGCUCGCCGCUGGAGGCGUGCUGCUGAGUCUAGGGGUACUGCUGGAGCUGGAGUUGGUGCUUCUUUGCCCGCCGAGGGUGCUGGUGCUGCCGGUCCCGGAGCUGCUGGGCCUGCGGGUCCUCCUGGAGCUGGAGCUACUGAGGGUGUCGGUGCUGAGACUACUGCUGUUGGUCCUGCUGCUGGAGGAGUGGGUGACGCUGGUGCUGUUGCUGAGGGUGCUGGUACUGUCCCUGCUGCGUCUGGAGCUGCCGCGCGGCCUCGGCCGUACUUCGUUCCGCUUCUGCAGCAGGUUCUUGGUCUUUCUCCUCCAGUAGAGUGUCCACAGCCUGUUCAGUCGCAGUCCCUGCUAGAGCCUUCCUCUCCACUGCCUGCUCCCUCUCCUUACACUGGUCCUACUGGAGGUCUUGCUGAGCGUCGUGAGCCUGCGUCUCGUCCCGCGUCGCCUGUUCGUGCUGCUCGCACUAGUGGUCGCAGUUCGCGUCAGCGUCCUCCUCCUGUCCCUGGCACGCACCGGAUGUCUCUGCGUCCGUCCACUGCUCCUCUUCGUGCCCCUUUGCCUUCUCCUCCUGAGUCCUCUCUUCCUGCGCUUGCCGACCCUGAGUCGGACUCUCUUCGUGCUGCCAGUCCUACUGUCACGCGUCUACUUGCUACUGUCGUCACUGACCCCUCUUUUGAGUCCACUGCUGCGUCUGCUCUUGUCUCUGAGCUCGUCGACUUUGCUGCUCGCUGUCGUCUAGACUACGCUGCUAGUCUUGUUGCUGAGUCUGCGUCUGUCUGUCCUCCGUCCGUCGGGGGUGAGUGUGCUCUUGGCACGGACGUCCUAGAGGACAGGCAGGAGGAGUUACAGUGUCUAGCGGCUGCUUCACCUCAUCUCGCGUCUGUACUGCUUGCCCCUGAGGGAGACCCGGAUGCACUAGACAUCCCGACUCCGCGUUCUUACGCGGAGGCCGUAGAGGGUCCCUACUCCUCUCAGUGGCAGGCAGCUAUGGAUGCAGAGAUGGCUUCCUGGAAGUCCACAGGCACCUACGUUGACGAGGUUCCCCCUCCUGGGGCGAACAUCGUCAGUGGCAUGUGGAUCUUCCGGGUGAAGCGGCCGCCGGGCUCUCCACCUGUCUUCAAGGCGCGGUACGUUGCUCGUGGCUUCAGUCAGCGGCAGGGAGUGGACUACUUUCAGACCUUCUCUCCCACCCCGAAGAUGACUACUCUUCGGGUGCUGCUGCACAUAGCCGCUCAGCGCGACUACGAGCUUCACUCUCUCGACUUCAGCACUGCGUUCCUGCAGGGUAGCCUGCACGAGGAGAUCUGGCUGCGCCGUCCGCCUGGCUUCACUGGGACUUUCCCUCCUGGCACCCAGUGGAGCCUCCGACGGCCAGUCUACGGUCUCCGCCAGGCACCGCGUGAGUGGCACGACACACUGAGGACUACGCUUGCGGCUCUUGGGUUUGCUCCUUCUACUGCUGACCCGUCGCUGUUUCUGCGCACCGACACUUCUCUGCCGCCGUUCUACAUCCUCGUGUACGUCGACGACUUGGUCUUUGCCACAGCGGACACUGCUGGACUCGCCUACAUGAAGUCCGAGCUGCUGAAGAGACACACGUGCACAGACCUGGGUGAACUGCGCAGCUACCUUGGCUUGCAGAUCACUCGGGACAGAGCACGCCGCACCAUUACCUUGACCCAGUCACACAUGGUGCAGCAGGUCCUUCAGCGCUUCGGCUUCACGUACUCCUCGCCUCAGGCCACUCCUCUGCCUACUCGCCACUCACUCUCAGCUCUGCCUUCGGAUGAGUCCGUAGAGUCGAGUGGUCCGUAUGCAGAGCUUGUUGGCUGCCUCAUGUACCUGAUGACCUGCAUACGACCUGACCUUGCAUACCCUCUGAGCAUUCUUGCACGCUAUGUUGCUCCUGGUAGACACCGACCAGAGCACAUGGCUGCAGCGAAGAGGGUAUUGCGCUACCUGUGCAGUACGUCGGGCAUGGGGCUAGUGCUUGGAGGGCGGAGUCCAGUGGUCCUUACAGGCCACGCGGACUCUUCUUGGGCUGACGACCAGGCUACGCAGCGGUCGUCGCAGGGUUACACCUUCAGCCUUGGUUCCGGCUCUGUCUCGUGGCGGUCUACUCGCUCGUCUUCGGUUCUCGGCUCCAGUUGUGAGGCUGAGAUCUACGCCGGGGCCAUGGCUGCACAGGAGCUUCGCUGGCUCACCUACCUGCUGACUGACUUUGGAGAGCCGCCUCGUUCUCCUCCAGUGCUGUACGUAGACAACAAGGCCAUGCUGGCCUUGUGUCGAGAGCAGCGCUUGGAGCACAGAACGAAGCACAUUGCUCUCCGCUACUUCCUUGCUCGUGAGCUGCAGCAGCGUGGUCAGUUGCGACUUGCGUACGUGGCCUCUGAGGCCAACACUGCUGAUGUGUUCACCAAGGCACUUGCGCCUUGUGACCAUCAGUGCUUUUGUACCCAGCUGGGUCUUGUGCCUGUCUUGCCUCACUUGCUCUCUUCUUGA